AAAAUAUUGUCUAUGUUUUUGAGGUUAUAAUUUCAGCGAGAUACUGUUUUGAUUUUUUAUAUUGCUAAACAGAAGUUCUGAAUAAAAUGCUGUCGCGUAGUUGGAGGCAUUUAUGCCGACGAUACUCCCAAGCAACUACAUUUCGGACGAGUGAAGCUUCUCCAUCACAGCAAAAUGAGAAACAAGUUGGUCUUUUCUACACCAUGAAUAAAGAUACAUGUAAACAAUUAUUCAGCCAAGGCGGUUUCCCCAAGAGUUUCCAAAAACAGAGCAAGACAUUCACAGAGACCGCUAUUAUGAUCCGACAACCUGCUCUAGACCUCAUCAAUUGCAUAAAGUCUUCAGAUUUGGACAAACCGGCCAUCCGUUAUGUGCUUUAUGGUGAAAAAGGUACUGGCAAGUCUCUCACUAUGGCACACCUUCUGCAUUACGCCCAUGAGGAUGGUUAUUUGAUAGUGCAUGUUCCAUGGGUGUCAGAGUGGCUGAGAAGGCUGCCCAGGAGCAAAGAGAUGUCCAACUCCCAGACACAUGAGGGCCUUGUUGACCUGCCACUUGAUGCAGCAUCCUGGCUGCUUCACUUCAAAGGACAGAAUCAACACAUCCUGAAGACUGGUGAUCUCAAAAUUUCCAAAGACUAUGUUUGGAGUAAACGAGAAACAACCGCAGCAGGUUCACCUCUGGCCCAGCUGGUGGAACAUGGAAUAAACCGCGUGAAAUACGCUUGUGACGUCAUUGAUGCACUUGUCCAUGAGAUCAAGAUUCUAUCAAAUAACAAACAAUGCAAGACCUUUGUGGCUAUAGAUGGGUUCAACAGCUUUUUCUACCCCUUGACUAGACUGAGCACUCCCACCAAAAAGAAGGUCAAGCCAGAAGAAGUAACUCUCACCACAUCCUUCAUGGAACUUACAAAGAAUGACUGGACAAAUGGAGUUAUAUUGCUCACUGCAGACCAACUUGCUGUACCUGAUGACCACCAGGAAAGCUACUUCCCAAGAUAUCUAUUAUACAAAAAGGGCUUUGAACAUCUGGACCCCUUUGUGCCUGUUGAAGUGGGAAGGUACAAUGACAAAGAAUUCCUGACUUGUGUCAGCUACUACAGAGACCGCCUGUGGCUGCGUGGCCCACCAGAAAUAGACUCCGAACUGAAGUUCACUAGUGCUUGCAAUCCCUAUAGGUUCAUGGAACAGUGUGCCCCAUUGUAAUAUAAUUUAUUAGCUGUUUAGUUUGUAUCUAUAAAACAUUAUAAUAAUUAAUUAAUUAAAA